UGUGCCGCUGGCCCGGCGACAGCAGCCCGGCUGGUUAUCGGCCUGUUUUGCCUUCGCUGUCUCUGGCGUUGCGGUCGUAAUGCGCAGUAGUCGUGGUUAGACUAGUCCGGUUAUGGGGCAGCCGCUGUGGCACUGACCGGCCCCUCUAGCUCGGGCUGGCACCUCUGGAAGAAAAGCUCUGAGCUCCCCCGGGCGGUGCUGCAAGAGCAGAGGGCAGAGCUCCAGCCCCUGGGAGCUCCUCUGCGCAGAGCACAUGUUGCUGAUUUAAUUUUGGGGUGUAAGAUCGAGGUUUUAACGCGCUGUCAGCCUCAAAGAGCUUCCUCAGGUAUGAAGGGAUAGGUAGGACUGCACUCCAGGGCUCCAUUUCCAGCUCUCAGGAACUCAUCUCUAGGUUCAGCUCCCUCCAAGAUCGGCCUCUGGAAGUAGCAGCACAUGAAAUACCUUCACCAGGUGCCCUGUGGAGGGUUGGAUUUGCUCCCAGAGCUGUUCAGGUGCCUCAUGGAGCUCCAGUUUCUACCACCGCUGUUCCCGGAGCUCUGGUGCCGGCAGAGGGAGCACAGGCAGCGCGGAGGAGCUCGCAGCUCUCGGCAGAUCCAUCCCAUCCCGGGCUGGGGCACUCUCCUAAAACAUUGCUGGAAUUUUAAAGGUCUCCUCAAAGAUCCCAGUGCAGGCACUUGGGUGAAGGUUUUCAUUUCCUUGGACUGUAAAUGUUCUUUUGAGCCUCAGGCAGUUCCCUCCAGCAGAACUUGGAGGAGACACAUGUCAAACACUCUCCACUUGGUUCUUUCUGCAGGAAUCAGCUGGAGCUGCAGGAGUUUCCUUCCUGCCCUUCCAGGCUCAGAGGUUGCAAGAGAAGGACAAUCCAGGACUCUGGCAGGUGUGGAAGUGACAAUUCCAGCAGUAGAACACAGGCAGCCCUGCGGCAGCUACAGUGGAAGCAGCCCCUCCCUGCUACAGUCACUGGGAACUUCACCAGACUGCCACAGUUUCUCCAGUAUGACAGAUACAGGCUAAACCACUUCAUCCAGCAGCUCCCUCAGAUCCCAGGGAUGCAUCUCAUCAGCUCCCCAUGAACUUGUGCACAGACAGCCUCAAACCUCAUCUGCCAUGGUGGAACCUCAUCCUGCCAGCCCCUGUCCAAAAUCCUGGGCAUUUCUGUGUGCCCCAC